UACCCACCAUCACUGCCAACAAUUCGUGACACCAGUUUCAAGCUUUCUUAUUACCUUCCCUCCAUUCUUCUGUAAGUUCAUUAAUUGUUGCUUGGGAGAAAAUGGGACCAGGUGGGCCAGGAGGGCCACCGGGGCCAGGUGGACCAGGAGGGUCUCCAGGGCCAGGAGGACCAGGAGGGCCUCCAGGAUGGGGCGGUCCUGCACCCGGACCAGGAGGGCCACCGGGAUGGGGCGGUCCUCCACCCGGACCAGGAGGGCCACCGGGGUGGGGCGGUCCUCCACCCGGACCAGGGGGACCACCGGGGUGGGGCGGCCCUCCGGUCGGACCAGGGUUUUUUGGUGGCUUCUGUGAUGUAAUUGGUGCUUGUGUCAACUUCCUGUGCUGCUGCUGGCUGUUUCGAGACUGUUUUGGUGGUCCAAUGGGUCCUCCUGGGCCACCUGGACCUCCACCACCAUAGUUAGAUGCUUUCUUGCUCCUUCAUAAAGAGACCUCCUAUCUGGGUUUAAACUUGCUAUCUAAUUACAAUAUUUAUGUAAGAAUUGUUUGCUUUUUAGUAGUAGAAAUUAAUAUGAAUGAAAUCUGUUGAGCGCUUAUUUUUCAGUCUGCGAUUCAUCCAUAAAUAUAUAAGGCACAGUCCAUUGAUGUGAUGUGUUAAACAUAGAUAAAUUACAUGAUAAAUGCUCUAGCAAAGGCUUGCCAAAUUAUGGGUGAACUAUUGGGGAGCUAACCAGCCUCGCCAACUAGGACGAGUGGGGAGCACACGCGUGGGGCGAACAUGACUUACGUAGCGUGUUGUGUAUUAUUUGUAUAACAAAAUCAUUCUCAAUAAAUUGAUCUUUAAAUCUUGGUUUU